CGCUAUCUAACGUUAAUUCUAAAAUUUAGAAAUGCGCUUUGAAGCGUCACCAAAUUAUAUUCUGUGCAUGCUAGGCUGAAUUCAAAAUGGCUGAUUGUAGUUAAUAACAUCCGGUGCGAGAGAGUUGCCUGAACUGGUGCACUGUUAGGAUUUAUGAUUGGGAAAAACAUGGCACCUAAAAAGUCCGGAGGACGUAUAAUGCGAAAGCGUUUUAAAGCUUGCAAAAUUAAAGUUGUUUCUGUGUCUACAUCGGGGAAUAAAAGAACUCGUAGUGUUGACCUCCAUGGAUCAACUUCCGAGGUAAAAUUGCAAAAUUCCGAAGUCGAGGAGAUUGUAGAUACACCGAUGACUUGCCCGAGCACCACGACUGGUUUGCUAGAAAGUGAUGGUGAGGACGCGAGUCAGUCGAAUACAAAUCUGCCCUCAAAGCAUCAAAAAAGAAGAACGAGAGAGUUCGAGGAAUGGGAAAAGAUCAGGGAAAGGCUUCUGAGUAGCCGUUAUGAGGUGGAUUUCUUUGUAGAGGGCAUAAUGUGUUGUCAGUGCGAUUCACCUGCUGACGUUCGCUGUAAGGAUUGUGGGCACGACGUGCACUAUUGUUAUAACUGUGCCAAAGCAAGUCAUGGUGGACGAAAUUAUUUCCAUGUCCUUGAGAUGUUUAAGGCUGGUUUUUUGUACCAUUGUUUCCUAAUCAUAUUGUGA